AUGCAAACAACACCGCCAUUCUCACAAAAUCACACUAAUCCUCUAUUGACCAAAGAUGAUGUAGGCAAGUCCAAACCCUCAACAUACAAUCUCCCUAAUCAAGACUUUGUCUAUGGACACCCUUUGGCAAGGGAUAAGGAAGGAGCCAAAGAAGUUACCAUGACUUGGAAAUUCCACUAAGAAUCCCAAGACAAAGUGCCCAACAGAGAUUUUGCUGAAUUAAACAAAUAGUCCAUUCAUAAUGGGUCUGUCAAAGCACAUGUAACUGUACAUUCUAUUCAGGAUAUGUAUAAAUUUAGAUAGACACACGAUGCCAGGUUAAAACUUAAAAAGGGUACCAACAUACAAGCCAUAGAAUUGCCAGAAGAAGAAUUCAGAUAUGGUCGUAAAAAUAGACCAUCCACACCCAUGAAAUUGGUUAUGGGUAACUCCUAUGGAAUUGAGGCUGAAUCCACGAUAUUAGAGAAAUACUAAGUUAGAGCAAGCUCAUAAGUAACUAUAAUCUAAAUAAAGGAUUCCAAAUUAUCCUCAUCAAUAGUAAAGAGUAACAAAGCAUCUUAAUUGUUUUAUGAUACAAAUCAUAAAAAAUUAGCUGCUAUUCGAGGAGUGGAGAAAAAGGAACCAUUCAAAAUGGAAAAGUUCAAAACUGUCAAUUCCAAAAUCAAUACCAAUUUAUCAACUAAAAAAUGA